AUGGUGGGCAUUGGAAUCUUCGGCGUAAGACCGACUUGGCAGCCAGCAGAGAAUGGAACCGUGGGCGACAGCUUCAAUUUCACAACAAUCAAGCUCUCGGAUUCCUUCUCCCUUGCAGGAACACUAUCAGAGGAACUAAAUGCCGAAUGGGCUGCAUAUACAAACGAAAAUGUCUCGCUACCAGGAACGUGUAACUCCAGCUACUACAACGGAAACUACACAAGUUGCAUAUCACAGCUGCCGGGAGACGAGUGGUGGAGCACACGAGGCUGGACGGACUACAAAGUACCCUCUGUGAACGUGACAUUCGACGAAAAUACCGCCAAUCUCGCUCUUGAGGGCAAAUUCUCAGCAUCUCCCUAUAUGAGAGCAAAUGAUACUAAUUAUAUGGGUGGUUGGUGGACUAAAGGCGAAAUUGAUGAUAAUGCAAUGAUCCAGGGUACAAUCCAGCUGACUUUCAUUUGGCACUUCGUGAGCGCUAUUCGGCAGAUGGAGCCGCCGCUAUCGAAGUCCCCAUACGAUCUCGAUAUGAUCCUCGGGUUAGUGCUUGGCUUCGCAAAGGAAGAAGAUCGGAUCAUCUGA